CCAGUCUGGCCACAAAAGAAGAGGAGCAAACGGGGGAAUGUGUGCGGGGAUGCAAACUACAAAGUUUGAAGCUUGGAUUUGUUGGAAGGUGAAGCCCACACAAAAUAAGCAUUCAGUUGAGCUCUACAAUGAAUGCGAUGGACAUCUCAGAUGAGGGGAACAUGUCUGCCAAUGGGACCAUGAACAUUCUGAACAUAUCCCCACCCCUCAACAAUGCCAUCAACACCUUCACCAUCAUCAUCCUCUUCAUCACCAUGAUAUCCCUCGGGUGCACCAUGGAGAUUUCCAAAAUCAAGAGCCAUCUGCUCAAACCCAAGGGAGUGGCCAUCGCCAUGGUGACCCAGUUCGGCAUUAUGCCCUUGACUGCGUUUACACUUGCCAAAUCACUGAAGAUGGAUUCAGUGAAGGCGGUGACUGUGCUCAUAUGCGGCUGCUGUCCUGGAGGAAAUCUAUCCAAUAUCUUCACCUUGGCACUAAAGGGUGACAUGAAUCUCAGUAUUGUGAUGACCACAUGCUCCUGCAUUGCAGCAUUGGGUCUGAUGCCCCUGCUGCUUUUGAUCUACUGUCAAGGCUUCAGCGGCCUGGAGAACGCUGUCCCCUACAUGGGCAUCCUCAGCGCUCUCACCUUCACCUUGGUGCCCUGUGGCGUGGGCAUCUUGCUCAAUCACUACAAACCAAAAUAUACACCGGUGGUCCUGAAAUCUGGCCUGAGCAUUCUGAUCAUCUCCGGCAUUAUUGUGUUCUCUUUGUCUGGUGUGGCCGUCAAAGACAUGCUGUGGAUGAUCCUGACUGCCGAUGUUAUUGCCGUGGCGGCUCUGAUGCCACUCAUAGGCUUCACGCUGGGAUAUGUCAUGUCCACUAUAUGCAGACUCAGCUCAAAAUGCAGCAGGACAGUCUCUGUGGAAACAGGCUGUCAGAACAUCCAGCUGUGUUUGGCUAUCUUGAAGGUGGCCUUUCCUCCAGAGGUCAUCGGGCCCAUGUUCCUCUUCCCUUUGCUUUACUACACAUUCCAGUGCGCCGAGGCUCUUCUCCUGACUGUGUGCUUCAGAUGUUACCAAAUGGUCAAGUCGCCAGCUGAGGAAACAAGAAUAUAUACGAAUGUCAACGUCAAACAAGAAGAUGUGAAACCGCCUCAGUGUCUGAGAAACAUGGAGGAAAAUAACCAAACAUGAUAAACUCAUGGACUUCACUUUGGAUCACAAUAAAGAACAAUGAAUCUGGAAAGUA